CAUUUCGCUGCCUCUGCCCGGCCGCGUUCGCCGCUCAUCGCACCACAGUGACUACAGCUCCACAGCCAGCAUCUCCUCAGCCAGAUCACUGCCGACAACAUCAUCAUCCGCACACGUGGGAUGGAUGAGCAAGUGAAGUACGUCUGCCCGAUCGACGCGUGCGCCGCCAUUGGAGAAAGUGGAGAUGGCCGCGGCCGACUGUUGGAUUCGUCCUGGCUGAUGAAGGCGCACUUGAAGACGCAGCACCGGCGGCGUUGCGCGCUGCCCACCCAGGUCUACCACGCCUGUGCCGACCCGGAGUGCCCGGUGCAAGUGUUCGCGCCUUACCACCUGAUAGACCGCCACAUCAAGGCUGUGCAUCCGCAGCUGUUGCAUCUGGCGUUCUCCGAGGAAGCUAAGCAGGAGCGGGCUCGUCUGGAAUCCCAGGUGGCGGGCCAGUGCAUCGGGGAGGCGCUGAGCAGCUGCGUCGACAGCGAAGACUCGCCGGAUCGCUUUCUCUUCAACUACAACUGCCCGCUGCAGGGCUGCCGGGUGAGUUACUCCGAGCGCGACUACAUCCUGUGGCACAUUGGCGCCGACCACGAGAAGGACUGGAAUCCCGAUCCGCUUCCUCAACGUCAGUCGAUCGCUGAAUCGCGGGCUGGAGCCGUCUGAUUUCGCAACCGUGCCAAUAAAUCCCAGCGCGGUUUUUCAGCAGUAAUUACGUUGGAAAAGUUGCCUGUCCGUUGACGGUGCAUUUGUUUUUGUCGACGUCGACAAAGUUUUCCUUUAUCGAUUCUUUCUACUGACAAAUCUCCCUACAGACUAGACUGCAUUUUCUCUUUUUGACUUAUUAUUUCUUGCAUAGUUUUGCCACUGCAGUUUGAUUUUUGUCCGUUUAAUUCCAUGCUUUUCGGACUGUUUCGGGUUGUUUUUUCCUGCUUGUUUUUUGAGACGUUGGUCAGA